AUGUUCAUUUUAUCUUUUCUUAUUUUCUGCCGUUUCAACAUUGUGAUAACUGUUCCACCGGCUUGUUCUGCUGGAGUCAGAUGUCCACCGGGAGGGCUGUGGGGUGAAUGGGUGACAACUGGAAGUGACAAGUGUAGUAUGGAUUGUGGUGGAUGUGGAAAGCUGUUUCAAAUACGGACAUGUUUGAGCUCGGAGCUGGGGAAUUGUGCAUGCUCAGGCGCUCCGUCCCGUUACAUCCCAUGUAACCUAUCGGCUUGCAAGUACCCCGCUCAAAAAACCUGCUGUCCACCGUAUGUUCCAAUGGUUUUGAAUAGCACUUUUAUGUGUGGACCAUUACCAAAAUCUAUGAGAGAAGAAACGACAAAUUGUUGUCCUGCUGGAGGACUUUGGUCGGAUUAUACAGGAUAUCAGAGGAUCAAUGGACAAUGGACUAGGACUAGAAAAUAAUGCCCAUGCUCUCAGCCAUCAGACGCUACAAGUAUCUGUACAUCAGUUCCAAGUGCUCAACCAUCCCGAUUCCAAGCGUUAACUAUUGAUCAUGCUACAUGUACGGCAAAGUUUGAUAUGGUUGGAAUUAAUUCGGGCGGUAUUCGGUACUGUCAGAGACUUGACACCUACUAUCGUCCUUAUGUAUUCGUAGCACUUCUUCUCAUGAAAGAAGUUUCUGGUGAAUGUACAAUCGAUUAUGUAUUUGAUUGUAUGAAUCAAGAACGACCGGAUUCCCAUAUGGAUGCAACUUUUUCAUGUGAUACUGCUACGGGAAAUUGGAUUUAUGAUUUCACUGGAAAACAAAUAACUUCUUAUGUUCAAGGUGUUUAUACUGGUUGAAU